CUGCGGAACGGAAUACGAACAUUGAGUCAGCGCAAGAACGCAACUGAAGCACGCACAGAUCGAUGGUGGCUACACGCCGCUCCCACUACAUCGCGGCCAUGUCGGAGAGCACAAGAGCACCGGAGCAGCGGCUGAGGCCCUUUGCGGGCUUCCCCGAGGAGCUAGUGUCGGAGAUCCUGCUCCGCCUGCCGCCGAAAUCCAUCCUCCGCUGCCGCGCCGUCUGCAAGGACUGGCGCCACAUCACAUCCGACGGCGCCUUCCUCCUAGCCCACCACCGCCGCCAGCCGCCUCGGCGGCUCCUGUCCUUCGUCCGCGACGUGGGUCCUAGGCGCGACCUGGACUACUGCAUCGAAACCCUGGACCUCCACACUAACCAGCUACGGUCCGUUGUCAGAUUCACCGACAGCGGUUUGAGUCAUUAUGAUGACAGCCCGUUUAAGGUCUAUGCAGCCUGUGAUGGUCUCCUCCUCAUGUCCUACUAUACCCGCCUACACCUCUGGAACCCUGCCACACGGCAGUGGUGUUCCGCCUACCCGCCGGCGCUUCAGCAUGACACCAUCAUGGGAUUGUAUGCUCACGGCUGUUCGCAUUCGUCGCGCGAGUACCGUGUCUUGUACUACCGAAGCAUUGGUGUGGCACCAACGUUCUAUGUCAAUACUGUGGGCACAGAGAAUGAGAGGGUGAUUUGGCCUGAAACAUCCUCGAGGUCUGUGACACAAUGGCUGCAGAGAGAGCCAUUAAAUCUACGCUUGGAUAAGCCUUGCCUCUUCUCCAACAACCUGCAUUGGCCACCGUGCUCGACUUUGCUGAAAUGCUUACUGGUGUUUGACACUGUGGCCGAGGUGUUUCAGUGGCUCCAAGGUCCUACUGAGUUAGGGCAUAUGACCUGGUUGCUUGAGAUGGAGGGCACUCUUGCCAUUUCCAGCAGCAAUAUAGGUGGAUCAGAGGUGGAUCUCUGGCUUCUGCAGGACUACAAGAGUGCCAUGUGGGUCCACAAGUAUCGGAUUAAACUGCCAGUGCUAGAGAUACGUCGGUUUGAACCAGAAUUUAUUUCCCCGGAGGGAGAUGUGCUGGUUGAUGAAGAUGGUGAAACUGAUGCAGAUUGGUUCUCACAAGUUGUUUCCCCGGAGGGAGAUGUGCUGGUUGAUGUCGGAGGUUUUCUGUUGCACUAUGACAUUAAGGGCAAUAUGCUACAGAAGUUCCAUUGUGAUGGCCGCAUGCUUAACUUCACGACACAUAUUCUUCAAGAAAGUCUUGUUCCCCACACAUUCUUUAGGACGCAGGAGGACGGAAAUGUCGAAGAACCACCUUUCUUCCGGUGGCUGUAGAGAAUAUUGUGGUGUCAACAAAGGCUAUGUUUGCUGUUCUUCUUUGUGCUCUAUUUUAGUCAAAUGAAUAUCAAAUCAGCAAGUGUCAUGAGCAAGAAUGUGAAAUCAUCAGGUACCGCUAAGGGAAUUAUGGUUGCAGACCAAUGUGGCUGCUAUUGACACAUGUGUUUUACAAGAUUUUGGUACCUCUUUGCGCUCGUCUGCAUAAU